AUGGACGACGAAGCAGUUCCUGAAUCACCAAUGGGUCAAGUUUCAUCUAAGAAGAAAUCUCCUGUCAAAUCGAAUUUCGAGGAGAUAGGAAUUUCAAGUAGCUCUAUGAAAACUUCAAUAGUGGACACAUCUACUCUUCUUGGUGACUCAACAAAAAUAACAACUCCUAUGCAGACUUCGGUCAUACCACCCGAGGAGCUUCGACUUCAACACAAGCUAGAUGUAAUCGAUAAAAACAAUGAGCUUCGAGUCAAAGCUCAAUCUGACACUUUCAAUAGUGAAAUCAAGGAAGUGAUACUAGUUGCGAAGGAACAACAUGUUCUCUUCGUUAAGGAUGUCCAGACUGUAAGAGAAGAUGUAAAUCGAAAGCUUGAGGAAUUGAAAGUUGACAUGGAAAAAGAAAUUAAUGAGUUGAGUACCAAUUACUAUUCUCUACUUUCGAAAGUGGAUAUUGUUGCAGCGGAUGUAACAAAAGUGGUAGAGUGUUAUCAAUCUCUUAUUCCCAAGAUUGAAGACAAAGCAGUUGGUGAUAAUACAAGUUUUGGGAAGCUUGAUGCUAUGCUCAGUGAACUGAAAGAGAUGGUUUCGAAGUAUGGAUCUUCAUCUCUCUUAACCCUUGAGUUUUUGACUCAGAAGUUUUGUUUAUUUGAAACCCAAGGAAACUGA